GUUGUGAGGCGCUGCGGAGGGCGGCGCUGGCCCUGGCAGCGCUUGCGGCCGCCGCCCGCAGCCAGGAGGGUGAGGAGCAGCCAGGCCCCGGCUGGGGGCUGCCCGCUUUUCACAGAGAGAAGAAAGAUGGAAAGUAAUGCUGUGCUGCUGGAAUCCAAGUCCUCUCCCAUCAACCUGCUGAACGAAAUGCAUCAGCUGCGUCUCCUGGGCCACCUCUGCGACGUGACGGUCAGUGUGGAGUACCAAGGUGUCAGGGCAGAGUUUGUGGCCCACAAGGCUGUCUUGGCAGCCACCAGCAAGUUUUUCAAGGAGGUGUUCCUCAAUGAGAAGGGAAUGGAUGGCCCCAGGACCAACGUGUUCCUCAAUGAAGUCCAGGUCGCUGAUUUUGCUUCAUUUCUGGAGUUUGUCUACACUGCUAAGGUAGAGGUGGAAGAAGACAGAGUGCAGCGUAUGCUUGAAAUAGCUGAGAAGCUGAAGUGCUUAGACCUCUCAGAAACCUGCUUUCAGUUGAAGAAGCAGAUGCUGGAAUCGGUGCUGUUGGAGCUGCAGAACUUCUCUGAAUCACAGAGCUCUGAGGAAGAGAGCUCUACCCAGUCGAGCACUCCGAUGGAGUCCAAAGCAGCUGCUGUGGCGGAAGCUGACCAGGCAGGCUGUCCUUUGGCUCCUCCAGAUGGCCCAGCAGACAGGCCCAGCAGCAGAGCGUCUCCUGAAUUCCCAGCUGCCAAAUCAAAAGAGAAAAUGGACAAGAAGAAGGAGAUGGUGAAGCCUCCUUACGCCAAGAUCAGGAGGGCGAGUGGGAGGCUGGCUGGGAGGAAAGUGUUUGUGGAGAUCCCGAAGAAGAAAUACACGAGGCGGCUGAGGGAGCAGCAGAAGGAUGGAGGGGUUGCUGUGGAAGAAAACAGGUGUCCUCAAGAGCAGGAGGUGUGCGAUGUGGAGAGGGAGGAGGAGGAGGAGGAGGAGGAGGAGGAGGAGGAGCAGCCGCCGGCAGAGAACAGCAUCAAACCCGAGAGCAAAGAAUGCAGCUUUGAAUCGGGAGCAAACCUGCCGAAGUCCGAAGAGGAUAAAAAGAGGCGAGGCAGCAACUUCAAGUGCAGCACCUGCGAGAAGGAGUUCCUCUACGAGAAAAGCUUCCUCAAGCACAUCAAGCACAGCCACGGCAUCGCCGCCGAAAUCGUUUACCGGUGCGAAACCUGCAGCCAGACCUUCGCCAACCGCUGCAACCUCAAAAGCCACCAGCGCCACGUCCACAGCAGCGAGCGCCACUUCCCUUGUGAGCUCUGCGGUAAGAAGUUCAAGAGGAAGAAGGACGUCAAGAGGCACAUUCUCCAGGUUCAUGAGGGUGGUGGGGAGCGUCAUCAGUGCCUACAGUGUGGAAAGGGGUUGAGCUCCAAAACUGCCUUGAGGCUCCAUGAAAGGACGCAUACAGGCGACAAGCCUUAUGGGUGCACAGAGUGUGAGGCUAAAUUUUCUCAGCCUUCUGCACUUAAAACACACAUGAGAAUCCAUACUGGUGAAAAGCCUUUUGUCUGUGAUGAGUGUGGUGCCAGAUUCACUCAGAAUCACAUGCUGAUAUAUCACAAACGUUGUCACACAGGGGAAAGACCUUUUAUGUGUGAAACCUGCGGGAAGAGCUUUGCCUCUAAGGAGUAUCUGAAACACCACAACAGAAUCCACACCGGAUCCAAACCCUUCAAGUGUGAAGUUUGCUUCAGAACGUUUGCACAGAGGAACUCCCUUUACCAGCACAUAAAAGUCCACACAGGCGAGCGGCCCUACUGCUGUGACCAGUGUGGGAAGCAGUUCACCCAGCUGAACGCGCUGCAGCGCCACCACCGCAUCCACACCGGUGAGAAGCCCUUCAUGUGCAACGCCUGCGGCAGGACCUUCACUGACAAAUCCACCCUGCGGCGCCACACCUCGAUACAUGAUAAAAACACCCCCUGGAAGUCCUUCCUUGUCAUCGUGGAAGGAGCAUCUAAGAACGAUGAAGGUCACAAAACAGAGCUUCCUGAUGAGGAGUAUGACAUGUCACCUAAAAUCCCAGAGAAGCUGCUGUCCUUCCCAGAGAAUGGCCACUAUCAGAGCUUGGCUGCUGUCCCAGGCAGUGUGACCCCCCUGCAUGACAGCAGCUCUGCAGCAGGAACAGACUGCAAGUCCAAUGGGACACCACGACCACAGGAAGCCCUCAUGGCUACCACUCUGAGUGACCUGACAGUGCUUCACACACAGACUGACUCUGCUCAGCCACAGCUUCAUGCACUGGUCAAUAUGGAAUGAUUUGUUUCUUUACAGACUCUUUGUACAGCCCUUUGCCAGUAUCCUGCUGUGGGAGCUAGGAGAAACUAUAAAAAGGAAGCAGGACUAGAUGUGAUUUCUAGAGCUGGAUUCCAACAAGGAAUUUCCAGCAUUCCCUCCAUAUCAGGACAAGCUGGGAGAUGAUGGGAUUGAGAACAGCCCUGAUGAAAAGAACUUGGGGGUGCUGGUGGGUGAGAAGCUGGGUAUGAGCCAGCAAUGGGCACUUGCAGCCCAGAAAGCCUGGGCUGCAUCAAAAGAAGUGUGGCCAGCAGUGGAGAGAGGUCAUUCUGCCGUUCUGCUCUGCUGAGACCUCACUUGGGGAGUACUGUGUUCAGCUUUGGGACCCCCACACAAGAGAGUCCAGCACUGGAGGGCCACAACACUGACUGGAGAGCUGGAGCACCUCUCCCAUGAAGACAGGCAGAAAGAAUUUGGGCUGCUCAGCCUGGAGAAGAGAAGGCUGUGGGGAGACCUUAGAGCUGUAUUUCAAUAUCUGAAGGGGACUGAGGAGGGACUGUUUGAGAAGAGCUUGUGGUGAUAGGGUGAGGGGUAGUGGUUUGAAACUGGAGCAGGGGAGAUUUGGGUUGGACAUCAGGAGGAAGUUCUGCACAAUGAGAGUAGAGAAAUACUGGAAGAGGCUUCCCAGGGCUGUAGUUGAGUCCCGUCCCUGGAAAAAUUUAAGCUCAGUGGGCAGCCUGAUGUAGUUGGAGGUGUCCCUACUGACUGAAGUGUUGGGUAGAUUCCUAGAUUCAUAGAAUGGUUUGGGUUGGAAGGGACCUUAAAGGUCACCUAGUUCCAGCCCCCCUGCCAUGGGCAGGGACACCUUGCACUAGCCCAGGCUGCUCAAAGCCUCAUCCAACCUGGCCUUUAACACGGUCAGGGAGAUAUCAGGGCCAGAGGUGCAUCCCUCUUCUAGGAGAUGGGGAUUUUGAAAGUGGGAGCCCUGUGUCAUCAAGGACAUCUCAGGAGAGCACUGGAUGAUGUCUGAGCCUGGUUGCCACGCAGAGGAGCAAAUCUGAAUCCUGGCUCCGUGAUGGAAAGAGCUGCUCCCACCUGUCUUGUUACCCUGCUUGGCUCCUACUUCACCUCAUAGAUCAGCUGGUCCUUGCUAUGCCCAGGACAGGUUGCAGGUGAGCAGCAUAACUUCUCCCUGGCUCUGAGCUUUCAGCUUUUUUAUGAAAAGAACUGUAAAGAAAAAAAAACCACAACUAUUUAUGAGCUGUAAGCAUCUUUAGUCAUAAAUAAACUGGAGUGCUUUGCUUUUCUUAAGCUCAGGAAAUGCUAGUUCAAAGGUGCAUUAUAAAAUAGCAGCUGGUUGGGCUUCUUUCUUAAAGCUUUGGAUGAAAAGUGAGAUAAAAUGACAUUAAAAGAAUUUAUUCUACUCUAAGAGUCAGGUUCAGAAUGGACAAAGAAGCUCGGUGCUGAAGGAGAUAUUUUUUCAAGGUGUUUCUUACUCAGUUCUGAAGCUUCACCUUUGACACACAAAGGGAUUUUUUUAUAUGAUUGUCAAUAUGUUUUACAUCCUGUCAGCAACAGUAUGAGGCUUAAAGUAUUCUGCUUUAUUCUGUAUGUCUUGCUUUCCAAGAGGACAAAGUGAUCUUUUGGAGAGCUUUCUUGUUUGCCAUACUAAAAGAGUUUGACACUUGAA